AUGGCUGGAUUAGAGUGUAUUGACGGUGGCAGGAAGUGGUAUUCAUGCACGGAGCCCAUGGUUCUGGGCGAGGCGCCCAUUUAUCGGGCUAGCGAUUCAACCCUCCACUGGGUUGACUGUUUGUCUGAGCCGCCCCGACUCUACAUUCUCCCGAUCAAUGACGCCGGGGAUGCAGUCGGGGAAGCGCGCGUGAUUGAGUUGGAAGACAGCGUUACGGUGGCUUUCUUCCGGAAGAAUAAACCUGGCUAUAUUGCGGCCUAUUACCAAGGAGUCUGCUUUAUCGACGAAGCAUCCGGCAAGCUGGACGUGGUGAAGGAAAUCAUCCCCACCGACCAACGCGAUGAGUUACGCUUCAAUGAUGGGGGCGUCGAUGCCAAAGGACGGUUUUGGCUGGCGGAGAUCGAUAAGAAGGCAAUGGCGCAUGGACCAAACCGCCUUCCGGCCAGCUACGGCACUCCGCGAGGUCGGCUAUGGCGAUAUGAUCCGGAUGGCAGUCUUCAUUUGAUGAUCGAUCAGGGGAUUAUCUGUGGGAAUGGGUUGGGCUGGAGUCCGGAUAAUAAAACCAUGUAUUUCCACGAUUCUGUGGCCAUGGUAGCAUGGGCUUAUGAUUUUGACCUGGAAUCCGGUGGCAUUUCCAACAAGCGACUGUUGAUUGAUCGCCGCACCUCGUUUGGCGAGCCAGAUGGAAUGGUUGUCGAUACUAAUGGAAAUCUGUGGAUUGCGAUGUUUGACUCGAACCGGGUCAUGGUAUUUAGCCCGGAGGGCCGACAUCUCAAAGACGUCAUUUUCUCGGCUCGUAACCCAGCGUGUACCACUUGGGGCGGCAAGAACUUUGAUAUUAUCUAUGUGGCAAGUGGGAAGGAUCGUCGCCCCAAUGCGAGGGCAGACGACGAAGGAGGCCAUAUGUUCCGAUAUAAGCCCACUGAUGCUCGAGGGCAGCCGAAGCAUGAAUUCGCCGGAUAA